UGUUUACACGUAUUGGUCGAUUUAGAACUUAUGGUGACGAUAUAAUGAACCUUUCAGUGAAAUCGAUAUUUCUGCUAGUUUUUGGUACAACUUUAAUAUCUAGUUCCCAUUCUGCAAAAAUAUUAUGUGUUUUUCCUGUACCAUCGCCAAGUGUACUAACAGUGUAUCAAGUUAUUUCUAAAGAACUGUCUCUAAGAGGCCAUCAAGUGACGGUCAUAACUUCUAAACCACUUAACGACCAUAGUUUAAGCAACCUUACUGAAAUCGAAAUCUCUACACUGAAUGACAUUGAAAGGAGAAACAGACCCCAAAUGGAAAUGAUAUUCAAAAAUGAGUUCUUUCUUAACAGAUUAUUUUACUACGAGCAGUACUUUAUCAACUUUGCUGAAGAAGUUCUAGACCACGUAGACUCACUCUUCCCGGAUCCCAGUACCAAUUUUGACUUACUAAUACUCGAAAACUUCCACCAGUUAAUAUAUAGCUUGGGAUGUCGCUUCAAGGCACCCAUAAUUGGAAUCAACUCUGAUUUCAUACCAGUUUUUGUUUAUGAUCAAUUGGGUAUUCCAUCUGUAGAUUUUAGUACUACAAUCGACAAUAAUGUGUCGUUUUUUAAUAACGUGAUAAAUUUUAUUGGAACCCUAGUCAAAGUACCCCACAGUUUGUACACUUUGUAUACGCUGGACAAGAAAAGUAAACGAUAUUUUGGAAAGGAUUGCCCUAACAUUGAAGAUAUCGUCUACAACGUCAGUUUGGUGUUAAUGAAUACAAAUCCUGUGAUCAAUUCACAGCAUUUAAGUGUUCCAAAACUUGUACCCAUACUGCUAGAUCUUAAACCAAAUCAGGGCCUGUCUAACGAUGUUCGAAGAUAUUUAGACGAAAGUACAAGAGGGAUUGUUUAUUUCAAUUUAGGGACUAAUUUGCAUAGCACCAUCAUAGAAACUAUUAUGGCUAGCAUAUCACAAUUACCAUACGACGUGUUGUGGUUACUAGACCAUGGUGCCGUACCCUACACACCCGAAAAUUUGCUAAUCAAAAAAACUCUAGUGCAACACCACGUUCUUCGUCACCCGAAAACUAAAGUCUUUGUCAGUCAAGGUGAUCUUAUAUCAGUACAAGAAGCAGUUGCUAGUUCUGUACCUCUUGUUGGUAUGCCUUUUGCUUUUGAUCAGUUCGGAAAUGUGAAAAAAAUCGCUGACUUGGGUAUUGCUCAAAGUAUAGACUAUGCAACUAUGACAAAAGACGAUUUGAAAGAAAUCAUAAUUGAAGUAGCGGAAAAUAACAAGUAUAAAGAAUCGAUUACACAUGUGAAUAAGUUAAUCCAAGACAAACCCAGUGGUGGCUUAGAAAAAAGUAUUUGGUGGAUAGAAUACGUCAUCAGGCAUAAAGGCACGAAGUAUUUAAGAAGUGAAACAGCUACAAUGUCUUGGAUGCAGUAUUUUUUAAUUUGGUUGGACUCUAGUUUCGAAAAUGUUCUAGGUUGUCUGUACAACACGUAUGAAUAUAUGCAUUUUUAGAAAAUCUAAUGACUAUCAGUUUUCACGAGCCGAUUUAGCUAAUUUUUCUAUUAUCGGGCAUGAAUUGUGAUUAAUACGGCCCCUGAAC